AUGUCUAACGCAGAAAUAAGUAACAAGUUUAUCCCACCUCACCUUAAUGCUGAAAUAUACAGAACAGAAACCUCGGGUACUUAUACUCAUUCCUACUUGGACUUCAUUGAUGUUCACAAGGAUGGAUCAAUAUUGGUGGGAUGCUCAGAACUGACAGGGCGUUAUUGGAAUGGAGGGGCCUGUAUUUUUGAUGAGACUACAGAAAGCUUUUUUAGAAAAACAAAUGUUAAAUGUGACAUAAAUUUGACGAGUAGCACUGCAGAUGGUUGCUUUACCGGAGAUUGUAACAAGGUUAUUUUAUGCGAAGAUACUGGCACCAUAAGUAUUUGGUCAAAGAGUGAUGAUGCAUGGAAGGUUUGGAAAGAGGAGUUGUCAGUAGCGGAGCAUGAUGGCCCUGCUCUUGCUAUUGAAUGCCUCGAUUUGGAUAGACUUUAUGUAACAGCUGGUGGUGAUGGAAACGUUAAGGUAUGGGAUUUACAAGAAAAUAUGAUAUGUUUGCGAAACUAUUUUGGUGCACACAGCAUGCAAAUAAAUAGUAUAGGAGUAAAACCUAUGUCACAAUCACAUUUUGUGACAGGCUCUACAGAUACCUACAUUUCAUUAUGGGAUGAGCACACAAGCAAACCAGUAUAUGACGUCAUUGAAAAUGAUUGUGGCAUCAGAUGUUUGCAGUGGAUUGAAGAGAAUAAAAUUAUAUUUGGUGAUGAAGCAGGCGUCUUGGGAUUGAUUGAUUUGAGAAAUUCUGAUAAUGUAGUAAAGUUGCAUGAGUUUCCGGCCUCUGUUCAUCAGAUCUCAUAUAAUCCUGAAUCAAAGAAAUUGGCUGUAUGCUGUGAUAAUAAAAUAGUUACAGUGUUUAAUAUGAGUGAUGAAGCUAAGCAUAUAUAUGACAGUAAGGUACACUCCAAGUUUGUUCGGGGCUUGGCUUGGAGUAAGACAGAUGGUAACAUUUUACACAGUGUGGGAUGGGACGGUGAAGUAAAGAAACAUACUGUAAGAUAA